UUUCCGAGGUGGUUUUCUGAGCAUAUCAUCUGAUAAAACGAAACUAGGACUAAGAUCGACUAAAGGAACUCCAACAAUGUGCUGUAACAGCUGCCCACCAGGGAAACAUAUGGUACGGCGUUCAAGGGUGGAAUGUGAGAUUGAGUGUCAAUCUUGCACAGAUGGCCGCUACAAUGAUAUCUACAACGUGAAGCUGAGGUGCAACAUCUGUGAAAAUUGCAACAAAUCAAACAUGGAGUACAAGACAAGCUGUAGUGUCACUCGUAACGCUGUGUGCAGAUGUAAAGCGGGCUUCAGGUGCAGUGACCAACAGUGCACAGAGUGUAUUCCAGUACCGACCACCAAACCCACUACAGCCUUCAAACCUUUUGCCUCCACCCCUCGCAUGGCUCCCCCUUCAUCGGUCAAAGAUUCAAUGUGGUACCUGGUGAUAAUUACCCUCCUGCUUGUCGUAAUUGCCCUUGCCGUAACAAAGCUCAAGCCCUUUCUGCGCUGGAUCAGAUCAAAGGAAGGAUACCUGUUGGCUGAAAAAAUAACUGCACGACCAGAAACGACCACAGAGGACGAGGGAGUGUCUAAACCAGUCCAGGAAAUGUGUGGGAAAUGUGAUCAACCAAUCGAUGUUUCGAAUGUUUGAGUUAAAGACUGAAAGAAUGUAAAAAGCAGAAACUUGAAUGGGAGAUAAGAUGGUGGGUGGACAUAAAGCAGAUUCACAACAUUUUGUUGCUUUGGACAUUUAUGAGAAAUGGAGUCAAGCGUCACUCCGCUCAACGCUGAUGAGAGAAGAAAUUGUACUGUAUAUUUCAAGACUUUUGCUGUUCCUUGAGAUGAAACGUGAACUUUUCUGUGAAGUUUAGAUGGUAGAAGUGUAAGAAAACGAUGAAGAAAGUGAAAAGAGCAUGAGUUAGAAAUUGUGCAGUAUGUUGCUUAAUGGUGGUAUCUACAAUGGUACACAAAAGUUAAAGAUAUUCAAUUCUUUACAUUUAUAUGUGUAUAUAUACAUUUUUCAGGAUGUGUUAAAGGAAAUGCAAUAAUUAUAAUCAUUUACUUAU